AUGGCCGUUCGGAAGUGGAUAUUUUUCAUAUUUUCGUUGGUUUUUACCUCGAUCAUCGCAGAGGAAGAUCCUUUAUGGCAUCAACUUCUGAAAGACUCUGUUGUGAUGGAUGAAGAACGUGAGUGAAGUGUUGAUAUUUUUUCUAAGUAUAUACCCCAAUCACACAGAAAACAUUUUGGAGCUUUCAUGUUUGAAACGACGAUAUCAGUUUCUUGUUUUCAUAAGCCCUUUUUAGCUUCCCUGGUUAUGGCAGUAUCUGCAAGUUUUGAAUUUUUUUACUUUCUGUUGUUAAUUGCUGCAGUAGAUUAAAAUCUAAUAAUUCUCACCAACCCGGUUUACCGAUGAUUCACUUUAACCCUGGGUUAAGUGGCAAAAUUUAAAACCACUUGAAAUUUAUUUGGCUACGAACGUGUCACCGGAGCUUUCUUCUGUUAUAAGAAAUUACGUCGAGAAAUACAGUUAUCCUAAUCCUGCCCGGACCAAACUACAAAAGUCCAAACCAGUAUAUUGAAAAAGUGAGUAAAACCUUAGAGUCAUAUUCUCUUUGUUCAAAGUUAAUAAUAUUAAUUGAACUGGAUUAUCGUGGAGAAGCUUAAUUUCUGUUAAUUUACACUGCUAAUUUGUCAAAACUUCUUAGAUUCGAAACAUCUAAACUAUCUUUUCUUAGCCUGGGAAGAUUAUACCCCAUACUGGUGUUCCAAGACGAAAGGUUUAUCAAAACCUUUGGCUGACUCUGUGAAAUCGUCCGAGGCUUGCAUUGCUUUGUGUCUUAAGUCAAAUCCCAACUGCAAAGCCGUGGAAUGGUGGGAAAACGAUGGCCAAGACUGCUUUGAAUGUACAAGGCCAUCUUUGAAGACUAAAUUUACUGACACCACUGACGGAGGGUAUCCACCGCACGUGCUUGUCAAACCAGAGAAACUUGCAGGUGAGUUGAAAUCUUUUGCUGGAAAAGUGCUUGAAGUCAAAAUUGGUUUAAUAGUACCAUGAGAAAGUACUGCUGAAGAGGUUUCAUUUGAAUGGUCACACCAUAGGAUCUCAUCCACAGACUCGAAAGUUAGAACUGCAUACUAAUCAAAUAGCAUCAUGUGAAAGUACUGCUGAAGAGGUUUCAUUUGAAUGGUAACACCAUAGGAUUUCAUCCAAAGACUCAAAAGUUUGAACUACAUACUGAAUAAAUAGUACCAUUUUAAAGUACUGCUGAAGAGGUUUCAUUUGAAUGGUCACACCAUAGGAUCUCAUCCACAGACUCGAAAGUUAGAACUGCAUACUAAUCAAAUAGCAUCAUGUGAAAGUACUGCUGAAGAGGUUUCAUUUGAAUGGUAACACCAUAGGAUUUCAUCCAAAGACUCAAAAGUUUGAACUACAUACUGAAUAAAUAGUACCAUUUUAAAGUACUGCUGAAGAGGUUUCAUUUGAAUGGUCACACCAUAGGAUCUCAUCCACAGACUCGAAAGUUAGAACUGCAUACUAAUCAAAUAGCAUCAUGUGAAAGUACUGCUGAAGAGGUUUCAUUUGAAUGGUAACACCAUAGGAUUUCAUCCACAGACUCAAAAGUUAGAGCUACAUACUAAAUAAAUAGUACUAUGUAAAAGUACCACUGAAGAGGGUUAAUUUCACUGGUCAUACCAUACUGGUUCGUCCCUUAAAUUUUCUUUUAGUUCCAACAAACUUACAUUUGUAUGUUCACUGUACACAUCAUGUUCGGAUAUUUGGUAAAUGUGUAGCAGCUGUAGACUCAUUGCCUCGGAGAUUUGAACAAUACUGUGACGUUUAAAGCCCUGAUCAUGAAUUGCACUUCUAUUUCAGCUCCUACCAAAUGUGACCCUAACCCUUGCAUGAACGGUGCAACUUGCAGACCCGCUCCUCAAUCACUUGUUGGAUAUAAAUGUACUUGCUCACCUGGCUACGAAGGAGUUAAUUGCGAGGACGGUAAGACCGAGUAAUGCUAAAUUAAUUUGUUUAACCAGGUUACUGUAAUUAGCUGGAUUCUGACCUAAGUUCUUGACUAGGAUCCUCAUCUACAAUAUAGAGAAACUGAUAUAUGUGUGUUUAGAGACGCCUUCCUCCCGUGCGUUGCAUUUUCUCCUUACUAUCAGAGCUUCCACGCUGUAUUGCACUGUUGAGAAAACGACUUUUUGCCGUUUACGCCCUUAGUAAAAUUAAAACUGAGAUGUCUCGAAAAAAUUAAUAUUCUAGGAUUCUAGUAGAUUACCUUUCAUAGUCUUUUGAAAAGUUAGGAUAAGAUUUGUAAUAAUUUAGUUGCAAUUUUUUGCUGUUGUUUCAAAGGUGUUACCCUUGGAUGAAAUAUUAUUCAAAUGUUUUAAUUUUGUAUUUUGUUUUUUUGUUUUCUACUUUUUAAUCUUUUUUCUCUUUCUUUUUUAGAUGUAGAUGAGUGUGCCAAAGACAACGGUGGGUGUUCACACAAAUGCAAAAAUACCGCAGGUAGCUUCCUCUGUUCAUGCCCUGAUCCGGAGCUGAAUUUGGCACCCAAUCGUCGUACGUGCGUCGGUAAGAAAACAUAUCUUUUGGAACUUUUUUACAAACAAAAUAAAGGAAAGGAAAAGAAUGAGGACGAAAACCAAAAAGUUAGUGAGAAAAUUUAACGUUCCAGUAAACUUAAUAAAAUAAAAGCGAUACAUUUUCAUGUGUAAAGCUAGCAGAUCUAAAUUAACUCCAACCUCAAUUUCAUUUAAAUCAUCCAAAUUAUUGGUUUAUUUUCUGUGGAAAAAUAAAUGUUUUCCCUUUCGUAAAUGUUUUCGACCAACAGCAGAUUUCAGAGCUUUUUAAACGUUCAUGGAAGUUCUUAAAUUCUUUUGCUUCUAUGAGGAACUAAGAAAUCGUAAAGUGAAGCUAUUAAGUCCAUUGAAAUAAAUUACCUCUUUAAAAGAUUUAACGUAAGCAAAACAAAAUUUAUCCUUUCAGCUUCUGGUGUUUCUGUAAAAUGUCAUCAAAAUAACAUGUCCAUCACCCUGCCUAAAGCUCUUCUUCUCGGCUUAAAUCGUGAACAUGUCACCCUGCGAGAUGUGAAGUGUGUUGCCACGGAAACAAGGACACACUUCACUCUUACGACUGCAUUGACCGGCUGUGGUACAACCGCCAAACACAGAAGAGGUUUUGUGGUUUAUAGCAACACAGUCUUGGAGAUCCCAGUCGCAGAUGACGCCAUUAUAACGAGAGUUCGUGAGAUCGAGAUACCCUUCAGCUGUUUCUACAAAAACUCGGGCGAUGCUACUGCUGUUGGAGUUAAACCUGACACCAGGAAGUUGGUUUUUGAUGAGGAUGGAAAAGGAAACUUCACAGUUGCUUUGGAUAUGUUCCCAGAUAAAAGGUCUGUUUAUAAUGGGUUUUAAAUACCAUUUAAACAAAUGCUUUAGCUUAUCCACGUUUCAUUUUCAUCACCAUUCCUUAAAACUGGAUGAAACCUUGCAGAAGUUUGGGCUCAAUUUAAUUGUAUCCUAAAUGUGUUUUAGUCCAUUAUGGAGUUUCUUGGGAAAAAAUAAAAAAAUCAGGGCUUUUCAGUUAUAUUUCAUUACUUCUUGAAAAUCAUUUGUUGUUGUUAGUUUUCUAUUUGUCAAUGUUGAUCUUUAGCUUCGAGGCAGCCUAUACCCAGAGUGAUUAUCCUGUGGAAGUUAAGUUGAGACAGUACCUCUUCUUCCAAGCAUCUGUGAAAACCAAGGACAAAACUCUGUCAGUUUUGGCUGAGAACUGUUACGCUACACCCUCCCAAUUGAUGACAAAUAUCAUCAUAUCAAAUAUCAUAUCAACAUGA